AUGGCAGGGAAUCUUCGCCAGUACAUCGCAAACAAACCGGACAAGUUCGGCUACAAGUUAUUCUGCCGUGCGAGUAUCGAUGGUUUCAUCCACGAUGUCCUUAUGUAUCAGGGACAAACGACCUUCAGCAGCCACCCUGUAGACCUGAAUGAGGAGGAGGAAGAACAGCUACUGAGCAACAGGAUUGAGAUUGUCCUUGCCAAGACCAUCAAAGACCCCGCUAAUUCCGCCAUCUAUGCGGACAACUACUUCACGAGCAUCCAACUGGUUGAGUUCCUGAAAGACAAGCUCCAAUGCCGCUAUGUGGGGACUGCCAGACCCAACCGCAUUGGAAAUCCACCACUGAUGUCUAGGAAGGAAAUGGAGAAGACGACCACUCCCAGGGGGAAGCACGAUUAUGUCUCCUGCAACGGGGCUAUGUGUUGGAAGGACAACAAACCAGUCACUAUCCUCUCUUCUGAUGCCGGGGUUCUUCCACUCUCCAAGGCCAAAAGGUGGGACAAGGAAUCCAAGAAAAAGGUCGACAUCCCAUGCCCAGCGGUCAUCAAGGAGUAUAAUGGUAAAAUGGGGGGCAUUGAUAAGUCCGACAUGCUCACCCAUCUCUACAAAUCUCCGAUGAAGGCUAGGCGGUAUUAUCUCAGGCUGUUCGGGUACAUCUUGGAUCUCUGCACCACUAAUGCCUGGAUCCUGUACAAGAGGGAUUCCAAAGCCCUGUCAGAGAAGCCCAUGCCCCUCAAAAACUUCCGCCUGGAGAUCAGUGCCUUUGCCCGUGGCUACAAAACCAGACCUGCCAGGUGCCUCCGCGAUACCCCUGAGAGUUUUGUCCGGCCAAAGAAGGGACAAAAAUCCCACCGCCCAGCAGACAACCUUCGCUAUGACUACUCCAAAUUCCACUGCCCAGUGUUUGUCAAGCAACGGAUGAUUUGCAAACACUGCUCAACUCACAAGGAGAUGCACCGGUCUAGGUGGGUGUGCAAAGUGUGUCAGGUUGCCCUUUGCCACAGCGAAACUCGGAACUGUUUCGAGGAGUUCCACAUACCCCCGGCUUCCAACUCGCCCUCCACAUCCACCUCAUCUAAUAAUGAUAUGUAA